AUGGACCCUCCUGCCGUAACACCAGAGAGUAAAAGUAACUCGUUUACAGAGUCAGAGAGCCAACGACAUAUCAAUCCUCCUCCACUAGGAGAAGAUCCGGACGCUACGACAGGUGGCAAACAGGCUCGUGCACCAGCACCCGGUGAGAGUAAGCCAAAUGUGCAUAGGGGAGGUGUCACAAAAGUCGAUGAUACAAAGAGUUCUGCGCAGUAAGCAUAUUAAUGAAUAGAGACGAACUGAUCAAUAUGUUUUAAUCAAACAAAUAAACUUAACGUAAUAAGUAAUAGUCCCGUCUUCUGAUCGUCAUUAAUCUGACGAUCAUAGACAGUACUUGUUCCAUCUGAUGAAGACUUUGUAAAAAUGAUUUCUUUUUAAUCAUAUUCUUGUAUUCGUAUUUGGCUUUUUCUUUUUUCCAACAAUAUAAUAAAAAUAAUUACCAUAAUUCACGUAAUUAUCAAAGUUCAUUUUUUUCAAACAAUGCACAGUAACAGUAUGUGUAUAACCUUGCAAAUAGUUGGAUAGUCAUGCUAGAUUGAGCGUUGAAUAAGAAUAAAAAAACAU